AUAUCAACGUGAUAGAACUGUUACCCAAUAAUCAGGCCGGAGUGUUACUAUAGCUAAGCAUAAGGCAACUAUGAAAUGUACCUAUCUAGGUAGCAUUACACCGUAAGAGUCAUCUUCCCAUCCUGCAUUUGUGGCUUGUUCGAUGGUAGCUUACGUCUGAUGGGCGUAUAAGCGUAUUAUUACCUGUUGCUUGUUGCCAAGCAUCGCUAAGACGAACUGUUUCUGACCAACCAGAUGAACGUGAAUCGUUUGUGUAGCCUCGUAGUAGUCUGCCUGCAUGAUCAAGCCUAAGCUGCGUCGUCACUAGCCCCCGUUCUGUCUAUAGCAGUUGCGUAUUAGUCACAUCGGCAUAGUGAACCCUCUUAUAAAAUCGAUGCAUUUCUUCUAAGGCUAGUUGGUGUAUUUAUCCUUCAUCAAUAUUACUAUCAUCCUUAUACUAUCAGGAAACAGUUUAACAGCUAUUCAAUAGAUCAUAGAAGACUUCAAUACCAACUAUCCCAUUGCCUGCAUUAUAAGCCUGCAGCGAAAAAACCUUGCAUCCUUACAAUGUGCCAAGAUUGCUACCGAACAUCAGCGGCAGCUGUCUCGAUGUCUUUGGCGAUGACGAACCCAGAACUCAUCUGGCCACAUCACCAAGACAACAAGAGACAGUCAGCCCAUUUCCAACCUUCGAAAACACAAACACAAACAAAAGCACAGUCAGACGUCAAACCCUCAUCGGCCUCAACUUACUCAGAGUCUACCACAUAUUCGUACGACAAGGAAAAGAGUCACGGCGAUGCCAAGCAAAAGCGGUCGAUGCGCCAACGAAUUAAAGAGACUUUCAAAGACAUUGGGAACUCGCCUACAGAAAAGUAUGAUCGAAAGAAUGGCCAGAAGACCGAAGACCUGACGACUUACCACGGUCCGAUGAGCUCGAGUACACAGGGAAGGACGUGAGGUGAAUAAUGAUGAGGCUAUACCAAGCAUCUGUCUUGAUGCGAUCUACGGCUUGGAUAUAUGAGAUGGGCCUGCUAAAGGGUAUAGGCUCUAACCUAGGUAUUUGCUUGAUAAUGAUAAUGAGAUUCGGGUUAUUCAUGGGGCUCGGUCUAUAGGGGUUAGGGUGGAUCCCUUGGGUAAAGAUUGAGGGACUAGGACGUCUGCAAUAAAACAAAGGUGUGAAAGCGUGUUGGAAUUGGAUGGAUACCAAAGAUUGGAAUUAAUGCCAACGACUUCGUAGCAAUUUUGAAGAUAAUCUUGGCUGGGCCGGACGAGUGGGAUGCACUUUUAGGACAGUCGCUUAAUACCAUUUUCAGUCUCAAGCCUCUAUAUCACUAGAAAUUGAUACCAAUCCGUGAAGUAAUGAAGGCUCAUAAAAGAUCGUAGUAGUUAUUAGCAGUACCAUGUCGUCUAUUAGGAAUAUCGUCUACUUGUGUUGGUUCCCUAUCCAAUUUCCCGAUGCUGUGCUUUCAGUCUUUACCGAACAAAGCCUUGCUGCUUUCGCAUUGUCU